AUAAAAGAAGCUGUGACUUUCAUCAACACAAUUGAACUGAAUAAGUUAUCCAGACUUCUUUCACGAAUUCUGCAGAAACUUCACCUGAAGGUAGGUGUCUCCAGAGAGCAAGUCAGGUGGCGUAUAAUUGGCAUAACAUAGACAUAUGUUCCUAAGUACUCUUGCCAACUCCAUUGCUGUCAUUGUCAAGCCUGACAAUUCACUAAGGAUUAGUUGGUAAGAGAGACGAAAGACUGGCACCCAGGCUACACAAACUCAGUAUCAUGCAUGAUAAGCCUAAUUUGGGUUUACUAGAAUAGUGCAAGUGCCACUGGUGUUAUUGCAUUUCUAGUGCCGUCAAACAUCAGGCUUUAGUCAUGAUAUUACUGCAGCCCACUUGAAUCAUCAUUUUUCCAGUGCACAUGUUUACGAAGAAUGAUGCAGUUACUUGUGUCCCUCAGGAAGAGCGCACGUUUAGUGAGGAGGAAGAACAGAAACUGCAGAGUGCUCUGUCAUUGGACAAGCAGGAUCUCAGUCUGGUGCUGGAUACAGCUGCCUUCAUUCUAGAACAGGUAAGUAGGCCUUGAUGUUUGCCUCAACUCUAGCUACACUACAUGACCAAAAGUAUGUGGACAGCUGCUCGUCGAACAUCUCAUUGCAAAAUCAUGGGCAUUAAUAUGGAGUUGGUCCCCCCUUUGCUGCUAUAACAGCCUCCACUCUUCUGGGAAGGCUUAUCACUAGAUGUUGGAACAUUGUUGCAGGGACUUGCUUCCAUUCAGCCACGAGCAUUAGUGAGGUCAGGCACUGAUGUUUGGCGAUUAGGCCUGGCUCGCAGUCAGCGUUCCAAUUCAUCCCAAAGUUGUUCGAUGGGGUUGAGGUCAGGGCUCUGUGCAGGCCAGUCAGUUCUUCCACACCUAUCUCGAGAAACCAUUUCUGUAUGGACCUCGCUUUGUGCACGGGGGCAUUGUCAUGCUGAAACAAGAAAGGGCCUUCCACAAACUGUUGCCACAAAGUUGGAAGCACAGAAUCGUCUAGAAUGUCAUUGUAUGGUGUAGCGUUAAGAUUUCCCUUCACUGGAACUAAGGGGCCUAGUCCGAACCAUGAAAAACAGACCCCAUUAUUCCACCUCCACCAAACUUUACAGUUGGCACAAUGCAUUCGGGCAUGUAGCGUUCUCCUGGCAUCAGCCAAACCCAGAUUUGUCCGUCAGAAUGCCAGAUGGUGAAGCGUGAUUCAUCACUCCAGAGAACGCAUUUACACUGCUCCAGAGUCCAAUGGUGGCAAACUUUACACCACUCCAGCAGACGCUUGGCAUUGCGCAUGGUGAUCUUAGGCUUGUGUGCGGCUGCUCGGCCAUGGAAACCCAUUUCAUGAAGCUCCUGACGAACAGGUCUUGUGCUGACGUUGCUUCCAGAGGCAGUUUGGAACUCGGAAGUGAGUGUUGCAACCAAGGACAAACGAUUUUUAUGCGCUUCAGCACUCGGUGGUCCCGUUCUGUGAGCUUGUCUGGCCUACCACUUCGCGGCUGAGCCGUUGUUGCUCCUAGACGUUUCCACUUCACAAUAACAGCACUUACAGUUGACCAGGGCAGUAAUUUGACGAACUGACUUGUUGGAAAGGUGGCAUCCUAUUACUCUGCCACGUUGAAAGUCUCUGAGCUCUUCGGUAUGGGCCAUUCUACUGCCAAUGUUUGUCUAUGGAGUUUGCAUGGCGGUGUGCUCGAUUUUAUACACCUGUCAGCAACGGGUGUGGCUGAAAUAGCCGAAUCUACUAAUUUGAAGGGGUGUCCACAUACUUUUCUAUAUAUAGUGUAGAAUAAAAUAUAUUUAAUUCAUUGUUGCACAGUUAACCUAUCUUUUCCAGUCUAGUGUUUAGUGUACUGUUGCCCAGUUUGAAGCUGAUUGAGAAUUUCUAGGUGUCACAUAAAGAGCAAUUUAAAACAUGAUGUUUGAAGUGUUCACUGUGCACAAGUAUCCAAAGUAUGUACAUUGAAACCCUUUUAUGGUGCUAUUGGUGAUGAGGAUAUAAAAGCAGUAGGCUACUGCCUGAAAGAAAGGUCACAACAUGCUUUGCGGAGCAUCAUUGUUAUAACAGUGUGUUACAUAAGCGCCAGAUGCCAGCCAAAUAGCUGACUGCUAACUAACUACAGAAGCAUUGACUUUCAUCAAUGCAAUUCACCAAGAAUUCUGCAGAAACCUCACCUGACGGUAGGUUUCUCCACUGAGCAAUAUGAGUUGAGGUGUCAUGUGUAGAAUUGGCAUAACAUCCUAAUGGAAUGGCCACGUACAUGUAUAUUUUUUCCUCAGUGAAGCUUGGUUGGAUGCUCAGUACCAUUCAAUAUGUUUUUUGCAGUCAAGUGACUGCUGUCAUGAGAGAAGAGAUUUUCCAUGUACACCUAGAUUUAGCAUCUAAACAUGUAUUAUGCGACGGUCAAUAAAAAAGUGCCUUGAGUCUUAUUGCAGAUCCUCUCUCUAUCUCUAUUCAGACUGUCUAUCAUAAUGUGAAGCCUGCAUCCCUGAAGCAGCAGCUCGAGAAAAUCCAUCUCUCCCCAGAGACGGCGGAGGCCUUCUGCCAGGCCUGGACCACUGUCGGCCCAGAUGUCGUGGAGAAGAUCAGGCAGAGGAUUUUUGCUCCCAAAAAGGUGAGGUGUGUCCAUGGCAGUGCGAUAAUUCUGCCCCUGCAAUGCCGUUUAAGCUUUAUUUAUAACGUACGUACUCAACGCAAGAUUGCAAUUACUGGAGCUACGAGAAAUGGCGAUCCUGCGUAGUUGCGUCCAGUUGCAAAUUGCGUUGCUGCACACAUUUGCAUAUUUUUGCUACACAAGUACAUAGAACGGCUAAUUGUGUUAUUGCAUUGCGUAUGUACGCAAGGUAUAAAUUAGGCUUUCCUGUCUCUGGUGGAUAUGCAAUGAAAGCGGCGAACGUUCUUUGUGCCAUUAAACCAGUCCAGUUGAGCCAGAGUCCCGAGCAACAUUGGCAUGCAUAGGAAACUGCCAGAUCCAACUGAUCAUUUGAACAUAAAAUAUUAUACAAAUCUCUGUGUAUGUUAACACCAUAGAAUAGAGUCAAAGCAGGCAUAGCCUGUGAUGUUGUCAUGAUAAUCUCAGCGACAGCAGUCUUCGGGGGUGUCCCAAAUGUCACCCUAUUCCCUAUAUAGUACACUACCUAUGGUCCCUGGUCAAUAGUAGUGCACUAUAUAGGGAAUAGGGUGACAUUUGGGAAGUAGUUUUAGCAAUGUGCCCCUUGGGAGGCUGGAGUGGGUGUCAUCACACUUGGUGCUGUGACGUCCUGGGACCACACAGAGAGAUCUCCGGGUAUAUUAUGCCACUCUGCAUCAUAAAACACUUAGCCCACCCCCUCCUCUAAGCACACCUAAUCUAUUUCACUGUUAAGGCAGAUUAAUGGAGCGUCCAUCUAUAAAUCUGCCACUUAGCGAUCCCCUUGGGCCUCUGCUUUAAAUGUGCUUUCACUGUACCAUCCAACUGAUCAGGGCCCGGUUUCCCAAAAAGCACGUUAGAACCUUCGUAGGAGCAUCGUUAAAUCUCAGAGCCGUUUCCCAAAAUCAUUGUUACUAAAGUUGCACUUAAACGCUUGUUAUUUACCGACUGCCUCAGCUAAGUCUGUCGUUAGGUGCUUUCUUGCCCUUCCACAUUACUUUAUACAAGAUCUGCGCUAAACAUAGAAUCAAGAUUUUGAACUAUGCAUCGUUUAAACACUCGUAAGCCUAAGUUCCAUCGCUAUCGGGAAACCCGGCCCAGAAUUGUUUCUUAAGAUUUCUUAAUGCUAGAAUCCUUAAUGAGUGAAACUGCCAAGUCCGCUGGGGAUAUUGCAACAACAAUGAAGUUACUGAAAACAACGAACACUAUUUAAAUUGUUUUUAUCAUGGUGUCUGUGUGGUUGAUAGCUGGAACAUGUCGGAUGGCAGCUCAACCUUCAGAUGGCCAAGUCCACCCAAGCCAAGUUGAAGGAGCCACAUGCAGUGCUGGAGCUCGGCGUCAGAAAUGAGGAUUCU